AUGGCUUCAACAGACGAGGUUUCCUGGAGACGAAAAAACUUGGAACGUUGUCCUCCAUGGAGAUUUGGCCGGUAUGAUGCCCUCUUCGACCUGGCGUACGCACUCUGCAAGAGAUACAAAGAAGAGCGUAAAAUCGACGACUUGAACGAGGCAAUCGAUUUGCAUCGUGCUGCUUUGGAACUCCGACCAGUCGAAAACAAGAAAUAUGAUUGGUUCGGGUCACUCCACACCCUCGCUCUCUGUCUAUCACGUAGAUAUGACGAGCAGGGGACAGUCAACGACUUAGAAGAAGCCGUCACGCUUGGACGUGAAGCACUAGAACUUCGUCCACCAGGGCAUCCUGGUCGUGAUGUCCCUCUCCACAGUCUCGCUUUCUAUCUCAACAAGAGGUUCGAAAAACAAGCUACAACCGGUGACUUGCAGGAAGCCAUCUCGCUCUCACGUGCAGUACUAGAGCUCCGUCCACCAGGGCAUCCUCGUCGUGAUGCCACUCUCGCCGAUCUCGCAUACUACCUCAAUAGCAGGUUCAACAAACGGGCUUCGAUCCGUGACUUGGAGGAAGCUAUCUCGCUCUCACGUGCAGUACUAGAGCUCCGUCCUCCAGGGCAUCCUCGUCGUGAUGCCACGCUCUACAAACUCGCAUACUACCUCAAUAGCAGGUUCGACAAACAGGCCGCAAUCUGCGACUUGGAGGAAGCCAUCUCGCUCUCACGUGCAGCACUGGAGCACCGUCCUCCAGGGCAUCCUCGUCGUGAUGCCACGCUCUACAAACUCGCAUACUACCUCAAUAGCAGGUUCGACAAACAGGCCGCAAUCUGCGACUUGGAGGAAGCCAUCUCGCUCUCACGUGCAGCACUUGAGCUUCAUCCACCAGGGCAUCCUGAUCGUAGUGCCACUCUCGACGAUCUCGCAUACUACCUCAAUAGCAGGUUCAACAAACGGGCUUCGAUCCGCGACUUGGAGGAAGCCAUCUCGCUCUCACGUGCAGCACUAGAGCUCUGUCCUCCAGGGCAUCCUCGUCGUGAUGCUACUCUCUACAAACUCGCAUACUACAUCAAUAGCAGGUUCGACAAACGGGCUUCGAUCCGCGACUUGGAGGAAGCCAUCUCGCUCUCACGUGCAGCGCUAGAGCUCCGUCCACCAGGGCAUCCUCGUCGUGAUGCUACUCUCUACAAACUCGCAUAUUACCUCAAGCGCAGGUUCGACAAACAGGCUGCAAUCUGCGACUUGGAGGAAGCCAUCUCGCUCUCACGUGCAGCACUUGAGCUUCAUCCACCAGGGCAUCCUGAUCGUAGUGCCACCCUCCACAAUCUCAUCCGCUGCCUCAAUGACAGGUUCGAGAAACAGGCUGCAGCCUGCGACUUGGAGGAAGCCAUCUCGCUCUCACGUGCAAUACUAGAUCUUCAUCCUCCAGGGCAUCCCCAUCGUGACGCCACUCUCCACGAUCUCGCUGUCUACCUCAACAAAAGGUUCGCCAGACAGGCUACGAUCCGUGAUUUGGAGGAAGCCAUCUCGCUCAGACGUGCAGCACUGGAGCUCUUUCCACUAGGCCAUUCCGAUCGCGGUAAAUAUCUUUACCACCUCGCUCGCGACCUCUGGACAAGGUUUCAGAAACAAGUUGACAUGCCUGGGUUGCAUGGUGCGAAUUCUCUUCAUCAAACUGCGUCGGUGGCCCGUCCAACAAGCACAACUGAUCUCGCGUCCUCACUUCUCAAGCUCUCACUCCACCUCUGGGACAGGUUCCAGAAGGAGGCCGCAAUGACCGACAUGGACGAUGCUAUUUGCUCCCAGGGCACCGGCUCAAAUGAGCCUGUCGUACCUGGUCGGGAGAUAGACAAUCUAGGCGCUCUGGUCAAUUGCUUUGUGAGGCAUAGAUCUGGCAAUCAACACGCAAUGGUCGGUCUGAACGAGGACAUAACACUUUGUCGAUAUGUAUUGCAAUCCUUCCCGACUGACCAUCCCGGUCGUGCUUCGUCCCUGCAUAGCCUGGCAGAGUGUCUAGCACACCGGUUUCGUCAACAAUCUGCAGCAGCGGAUCUGGAUGAGGCUAUUUUACUGGAGCAAGAAGUCUUGCAGGUACUCAUACCUGGAGAUCCU